AGAAGAAACUACAAAACAUCUCUAUAAUAGAAUGGUUGAAAUAAAUACAGAUUUUGAAAAUAUUAAAGCUAUAAUAAACCAAUUCAAUAAUGGAAAAUUAAUCGAUGUUAAUGAUUGUAAAGCCAGAAUGAAUGAACUAUUAGAAAAAAUAAAAAAGUUCGGUAAUGAUUCUAAUUUGGAAGUUUUACAAAACGAACAGAAAGAUUUGGAAGAUUAUUUGUAUGAUUUCAAAGUAACGCUCAAAAAAUACGAAAGUAAAAAAAGUUCAACGACAAUAAAAUCUAAAAUAAUCGGAAAAUCAUCUGAGGAUAAAAAUAAAAUUGAUACAGAUUAUAGUGAAGUCAAAGAUUUUGAAUCAUUAAUUGUAAAGACAGGCCAUACACAACAUUGGAAAGAGGAAGACCAUAACUAUUUUAUUCAAAUUAGAAAUAAGUUUCACAGUAUACCAGCAAUGGUGGCGGAGAUUCAAAAAAAAUAUCCUGAUUUAUCAACAGAAAAAAUAGUUAAUCAUGAAGCAUGGUACAAAAUUUAUAUUAAUUUGCGAGAAAAGCAACGCAAUAGUGUAAAAUUGUGGCGUGCAAAAAAAGAAUCAGAGAAAAAAGAAAAAAUCGAAUCAAUAAAAAAUAGUGAACUUAAAAAUAUUAGUCCGCAAUAUGAAUCAAAAAGUGGCAAUGAAUUAAGCGAUAACGAAAGUGAGUCAGCAAAAAUAUUAAUAUUGAAAAGGAAUAAUGUAAUAGAUAAACAAAAAGAAUUGAUUAAAGAAUGGAAAAUUGAGAAAGCACGUGCUAAAAUUGAAAGUGAGAUAGAAUCAAAAAAUCGAUUAGAAAAUAAACGUAUAUUACGCGAAAAACAAUUUUUAACGCGAAUAAUGAAGACUAAAGAGGCGCUUUUGAAAUAUCAACAAGAUAAAUUACUAAAAGUCCAAUCGUUGCGUCAUGAUAAUAAACAAAACGAUAAAAUUGUAAAAUCAUCUACCAUUAUUAAAAGUUUCAGACAAAAAGACAAGGCAUUUGUAAAUAAAAGGAAAAAUCUUUUAGAAUUGAAAAAUCAAAAUUCUAUGAAGUAUAAUUAUAAAAAUAAUAAUGAUAAUAAAUCAACUAGUUUUAAAUCGAAUUUUUCUAAGUCAACUUUAAUGAAAUCGACAAUAUUAUGGGAUGAAAAGUGUAAGAAGGAAGAAACGUUGGAAAAUCAAAAACCACUUCUUUAUAUUAAAGAUAUUCCAAAAUUAUUGCGACAUAAUUGGAGAAAUCAAGAAUCUUUUACA